AUGACGCCUCAUGAUGAAAGCCGAGUUUCUUCGGAAGUCACGAGGCUGAUGCCCCUUCUAACAACCAGAGCAACAAUUUUUAUAGGUACAUGGAACGUCCGGACAAUGUGGCAGACCGGGAAGACCAGUCAAAUAGCAACGGAAAUGAGGAGAUACAACUUGGCAGUACUCGGAAUCAGCGAAACCCCUUGGACACUAGCUGGACAACAAAGGCUAAAUACGGGAGAGAUGCUGCUAUACUCCGGUCACGAAGAGGAAGAUGCUCCACACACUCAGGGAGUUGCUCUAAUGCUGUCCAAAGUAGCACAAAAUGCACUUGUAGGAUGGGAGUCUCACGGAUCCAGAAUCAUCAAAGCAUCAUUCAAAACAAAGAAGGAGGGGAUCACAAUGAACAUUAUUCAAUGUUAUGCACCCACCAAUGAUAGCAACGACGACGUUAAAGAUCAAUUCCAUAAGAGGCUGCAAUCAAUCAUAGAGAAGUGCCCAAGAAACAACCUCACCAUUCUGAUGGGAGAUCUAAACGCCAAAGUCGGAAUAGACAACACCGGAUAUGAAGAUAUCAUGGGACUACAUGGACUAAGAGAGACAAACGGAAACGGGGAAAGAUUUGUAAAUCUGUGUGCAUUCAACAAAUUGGUCAUAGGCGGCACAAUAUUUCUACACAAACGUAUACACAAAGCUACAUGGAUCUCACCGAACCACACCACAGAGAAUCAGAUAGAUCAUAUUUGCACCAAUAAAAAGUUCCGAAGGACAAUGGAAGAUGUGAGAACCAGGAGAGGAGCGGACAUAGCUUCAGAUCACCACCUAGUUGUGACCAAUUUAA